AUGGAGGAUGCAAUUGAUGGUGCUGCUUCUUUGGAUUAUGCUUCGAUUAAGAUUUUCCCAAAUAAAAACAGGUAUGACGCAUAUGUCUGCAAAGGGAAUCAAUUUGAAAAAGUGGCAGCAGGGCAAUUGGAACGUCUAUUGCCACAUUUACCUGAAAUAAAUGAUUUGCAUGCUAAAGGAUUUGAUGCAAACUUUGAUCUUAAAUUACCAAAAGAUCUGCAUGGUGCUGAAUGGUUUUCAAAAGCAACUGUAAAAAGGUUCCUGCAUGUUGUUGGUUCACCAGAUUCAAUAAAUGACAUCAAUACUAUCAUGGAUGAGAUGUAUCAGUUGGAGAAUUCAAAAAAAUUUCAUGUUUCUUUAUACGGGAAGGACUGUCAGAAUCAUCUUGGAAGCGGUGAAAGAGAUGGUAACCGCAGCUCGAACGGUGAAGCGCCAACUUCCAUAACUGAAGUUAGCACCGUGUCAUCCGAUGCUUCGAAGAAUGAAUUGUUAAAAGCAAUGGAUCUAAGACUCACAGCUUUGAGGAACAAGUUAGCUGAAACGUUUAACAAGGCUGCAGAUGCUAAAUGCUCCCCUAAAGAUAUGACACAUUUAUUGAAUUUCUCCCAUCGUUUUGGUGCCACUAAUUUAGAGCAUUCUUUGUGCAAGUUUAUAGAACUGAACCAAAUAAGACAGGAUGUUGAUGAAACUACCAUGCUCACGUGUGAUGUAACUCGUGUGCUGCACAAUGAUGGAAGCAAGGAAUUUAAAGACCUGCAUAUAUCUAAACCUUCAACUUCAGAUGCACCAAUUAAGUACGGUGUUUCACCAGCUAAAGUUGCUCAAGUUGAGAGAGACAGUUCAACAGGAAGUGAGGAAUCUUCUGACUCUAGCGAUGAGGACCAAAUAUCUGCUGAGAGAAGUCGUUCCCUACAAAGAUCUGUAACCCCCAGAAGGUCAGCAUCCCCAAUGCGAAGGGUACAGAUAGGAAAGGCUGGGCCCCGCAGAGCCGCGGCAUUAACUAUUAAGAGUCUCAAUUUUGUCCCUGCUAGAUCUUAUAGAGACGCUGCUGAAAAUGGUUUUGAAGGGGAAGUAUCAGAACAGCCUUUUAAGAAGCCAGAAAUUGAUGUAAGGAGGAUAACUGUGCAAGAUGCCAUCAGUCUUUUUGAAAGUAAACAGAGGGAUCAAUCUGAAGAUAUUCAAAAGAAGAAGUCAUUAACAGAUGUGUCUCUUAGUACAACUAAAUCUGUCUUAAGAAGAUGGAGCUCAGGUAUGGGGGAAACCUCUGUUCAAGGCCUGCAAGAUCCUGUUCCCCAAGAUCCCAUUCCAUUGACUUCAAGCGAUGCUAUAUGUGAUGAAAUUCCUAAGAAUUCUGAAGUAGAAGUGGUGUCUGAUUUUAUUUCUGAAAGUCAAAAUACACCGGACUCUGAUGUAAAACCAGAAAGACAGGAAAAUGUAGAUUCUUAUAUUGUAGAUAAUCUAGAAGAAACCAGUCCCAUAGCAAGAGAGGAAACAAUAAAAAAGUUAGCAGCCUCGGCAGAAUGGAAUCAACGAAAACAAGCAGAGUUCAACCAGAUUCUUAAGAAAAUGGUUGAAAGUAAGCCUGUUUUAUUUGGAAAGCCCCAGCCUAGAAAAAACCAGAACACUUCGUCUGAGCAGAGAGGGCGGUCUUAUGAUCAUUAUAAGGAAAAAAGGGAUGCAAAACUCCGAGGAGAGAAGGUUGGAAAGCGAGUAGGAAAAGAAGCACCGAUUCACGAAAUGCAGCAAUUAGUUAAUAAGAAAAAGGCUGAAAUGUCCAAAAAUGUGAGUGCAACUAAAACAAGUUCUACGAGGUUACCUCAAAAACCUCUUAGAAAUUCACCUCAGCCCGCAAAUUCCCCAAAGGAAACAAUCCCUAAGCCCACAGUUGCGAAAAAAGUGUCAGCUAAAUCAUCAUCAGUGCCUGCUACCCGUAAGUCUUGGUCAGCAACACCCUCACCUAAGACUACCGGGACACCCCCUUCUAUAAGUCGUGGAGGGACUUCAUCUGCUAGCAGCACCCCAACACAUCGAAAGCCAGUGUUAACAGCAUCUGUUCCCCUACCAAGCCCACAAAGGGAAAAAUCUCAGCCGCAAAGCCGAAAUGAGAAAGAAAUUCAGCCAAGUAAUGCCAAGAACCUCAAAAGCACGAAUGCGAAGCGGCAGGCAGGUAUCCCAAACAAGAGCAAUGCAAUCAAAUCAAACAAGAGCAAUGCAGUCAAAUCAAAAGUGACAUCAGAUUCUGGAGAAACUGUUCCUUCCAAGGCUAGCUUAGUUAACAAGGGGACCAAGAAAAGCAGUGUAGUUCCAUUGGAAUCAAAACCAUUUCUACGCAAGGGUUCACGAAUGGGGAAUGGUACCGGCGAUCCUAACAAGAAUAAAAGUCCUCCUCCUAAGCUGGACAAAUCUCACAGAGAUGGUGAAGACCGUGUUGAAGAUCAAGAAAGUGAGUUGGUUGUCAAUGCUUCUGACUCUGCCAGUCGGCAUUCAGACAGGGACACUGUGGCACCUAGUCAUCAUAUUGCUGCUACAGAAUCAGACCCUCAGAAUCAGAUAAAUAACCAUUUGCUAUGUGGUGAGACAGAAAACUUAGACCAAGAUCCUAGUACCGGGGAUGUCUCAACAUAUAUAGAAGAAUCUUCCUUGAAUGUAAGAAAUGAAGAAGAAUCAACCAUAUCACCUUCAGCCUGGGUAGAGACAGAAGAGGAUCUGGAGCUGCCCAAGCCAUGUGAGGAUAGCACAUUUCAACCUGCAUCUCUGGCCAAUGCUGCAGCAUCAGGAUCAACUAGUCCUCGUGUUCGCCAUUCUCUAUCACAGAUGCUUCAAGAAGAAAUCAGCGAACCUGACAUUUGUGAGUGGGGAAAUGCCGAGAAUCCUCCUACCAUGCUUUACCAAAAAGAUGCGCCCAAAGGUCUGAAAAGACUUCUGAAAUUUGCCCGGAAGAGCAAAGGUGAAACAGGUUCUACAGGCUGGUCUACUCCAUCUGUUUUUUCUGAAGGAGAAGAUGAUGCUGAGGAGUUUAAAAAUUCUAACAAAAGGAAUGCUGACAAUCUACUGAGAAAGGCUGCACUCAAUGUGAAAAGCUAUGACUAUUUAGCAAGAGAUGAUGGCAAGGGUUCUCACAAGAUGCAAGGUGGCCGUGAUUCAGGUGCUGGUCCAGCCACACGAGGAUCAAGGUCAUUCUUUUCACUUUCAGCUUUUAGGGGGACCAAGCCCUGA